AUGGAAACAUCUGCCCCACGUGCUGGAAGCCAGCUGGUGGCAACAACCACCACGGGCCACAUCACGCCCCACCGCGCCGAUCCCCUUCGCGAAGCCUCGCGAGACAAGCUCACUGAAAUGGCCGCGUCCAGUCAAGGACACUUUGAGGGAAAUUUUGAUUCGCUAGUUCUUGCAGAAUUUAAAAAAAAACAACCAUGGUGGCGCAAGUUGUUUGGACAGGAAUCUGGGCCCUCCUCUGAAAAAUACAGUGUGGCAACCCAGCUGUUAAUUGGAGGGGUCACUGGCUGGUGUACAGGUUUCAUAUUGCAGAAGGUUGGAAAAUUGGCUGCAACAGCUGUAGGAGGUGGAUUUUUUUCUCCUUCCGCUUGCGAACCACACUGGUACAUCAAAGUUGACUGGCAGCGAGUAGAGAAGGACAUGAAGAAAGCCAAAGAGCCACUGAAGAUCCGUAAGAGCAACCAAAUACCAACCGAAGUCAAGAGCAAAGCUGAGGAGGUGGUGUCAUUUGUAAAGAAGAAUGUUCUAGUGACUGGGGGGUUCUUCGGAGGCUUUCUGCCCAGCAUGGCAUCUGAAGGAGGUGACUUUAUUUCCAUGUGUUCUGGUGUUCGCCAGCCAGCAGCCUCAACACUCCCUCAUAGUAUACCAAAUCCCUCCUCUUUCUCGCGGCUGUGGAAACUCUAA